AUAUGUUUCAUCGGAUAGCAGUAUUAAGUUUUUUAUAUUGUAAAAUCACUGAUAUAAGAGCAGAUAAUUUUUAAGAUGUAUACAAAUUUUCUGUGUUGGUCUGGAUUGACAAUUACAGAAAAACUCUUUACAGUUAUUCCAUUUGUAAUAGCUUCAGUUUAAGUACUUCUAAGUUAAAUUCAACAAACAUGUCGUUAAAAUCAAUAUCGCUUACAUGCAACAAUACAGCAAAUGGUGAAGUGCCUACAAAGAGUGCUAUUCGAGUAAAUAUAAAAUCACCGUUUAAGGAGCCUGUAGCACAAAAUUUGCUGGCCCAACUGAUAUCAGGUUUAAGCAUGCCAAUUUGUAAGGAUAUUAAUAAAAUGCCUAAUAAUAAGUCAGUGGAAGCCAUACCAGAAGAAGAAAAAAUAAUAGAUGGGAGUGAUAAUGUAAAAGGUAGUGUUUUUAGUUCUCAUCCGAUAAACCUAGGAUGCAGUUACUGGAAACAGCGACAGCGAACUUUGUCUGAACAUAGCGAUGAUAUAUACUUUCUCGAAGAUGACAGCAGUACCCAAAAUUGUGAACAAUAUUCUGCUUAUUAUGAUGAUGACGAUGAUGAUGAUGAUGAUGAUGAAGAGGAUUCUGAGGAUGAAGAUUACACCAAAAAUAACUUUUUUGGAUGUGACACGAAAAAAUUAAAUAAUAGCGUGGAGAGUCUUAAUAAUGCAGAAAAUUGUAAAAGGGUACGCUUUAACUUAAAUCCAGAAGUUCAUAUGAUGUAUGCCUGGAGCUACGCUUAUAAAUCUGCCAGAAAGGGACAUUGGGAAAGUCUUGCCCGUGAUAGAGAUCGCUUUCGUAAACGUAUUGAAAACACUUCUAAAUAUAUAAAUCCCAUUUUAACUCCUGAACAUCGUAGUUUUAUCUAUAAUUCUAGAUUUGACAAAAAAAUGUAGAAAUGAAAAUGAGUUUAAGUAGAAUGUAUAAUACAUAUUUGUAACUGUAAUUAAAAAUAAAGAAAAAUAUGUAGAACUAGAAUAUAACCACGAAUAUCUUAAAGACUUAA